AUGUAUCCAUGUACAGAGCGAGGUUGCUCCCGUGCGUACAAGAGGCCGGAGCAUUUGAGUCGGCAUCGCCUCAAUCGUAAGUUGACCCUUGAGAGAGACCGUCGAUGGGAAACAAGCUUGAAACAAUAUGGUAUCUUGAGUAUGCAUGUCGUUAAUCGCCGUGUUGAGUGUUUAGACCAACCACGCAAAAUCCACACAUGCUCUGUCUGUCACAAGGAUUUCGUCCGCCUGGACCUCAUGCAGAGACAUACGCGACGGCAUGACCGUGGCAUGAUAUAUCGCAACUCCGGGGGCUUCUCAAAUCGUGAUGCGGUGGGUGACAUUAGCAAAAGCCUGCCACCAAGUGACUCUGUUAGAGUCUCACCAGCGGUGGAGCUGCGCGGGCAAGGUGAUAUAGCCCCCAAUGAGUUACACCCGGAACAAGUCAUGAAUUCCCCAGCUUUCGAGAGUGUAGACGUGGAGUCAGCUGAAGUUACUGCAUCCGACCUGAAUGAUCCUCUUCUUGUCCAUCAAGUGCAGGUACAGCAACAUGUUGCUGUUCAACCGAUGGAGAGACUGGGUGUGGAACAUCUUUCCUUCUUCGACGAGUCCAAUGAUGCCACCAGCUUGAUGCAAGAUUUGGAUUGGUUAUUUGACGCGAGCUCUUGGGAUGGGUCCGGCGAAGUGGACGGCAUCAACCUGCGUUCCCCCGCAGAUGCCCCAACAACUUCCCCUGUCUCAGAUGCAUCUGUGGGGAGAGACAUAACAUCCCAGCUUGAGAAUACAUACAGGCUGCCUCGUGAGAGGAUUCUGUCCUCUCUGUCAUAUCUUCCCCAAGAAGUACUGACCUCGUCUUUUUUUGAAAGUAAGAACUUGGAACAAUUCAUGCUGAGCUAUUGGGAAAACUACAACGCUCACUUCUUUCUACUUCAUCAACCUACGUUCUGUGUGCAAGAUGCCCCACCUCUAUUGCUCGUAGCAAUCCUGACGCUUGGGGCCACACUCUCACCGGAUGAGGAGCAUUAUCGAGUAGCGGAAAGAAUCCAUCAGAAUCUGCGGUGGCUAAUCUUUACUAGUCCGAGUUUCCAAGUACCCGCGCCUUUAUGGGUGAUUCGGGCGUUAUUGAUGGUUCAGGCAUAUGAGAAGAUGUUCUCAACGAGGAAAUUGCAUGAGAUGUCCCAUAUUUUCCAUUACUCUGUUAUUACGGCGAAAGCUUAUGCGGCGAGGUAG